AUGGAGCUUGGAGAGUUCGCAGGUUUCCGGCAAAGGCUACCGAAGAUUGCCGAAGUGGGGGCGCGACGCGCAUGCGCUGUAUGGCGGCAAGGCCCUGUGAUGGCGGCGGCGGAGGCAGAGGCGGGCGGCGUGUGCUCUGGCAUGGCCGGGCCCGGGGCCGGGGAUCCUGCGAUGGACGAGGCGGGGCCCGCGGGCCCUGCGAUGGACGAGCCCGGGCCCGCGGGUCCUGCGAUGGACGAGCCCGGGCCCGCGGGUCCUGCGAUGGACGAGCCCGGGCCCGCGGGUCCUGCGAUGGACGAGCCCGAGGCGGACGCGGCGGGCCCUGUGGUGGCCGAGGCCGAGACGCCGCCGCCGCCUCUGCCGGGGCUGCAGCUGGUGCAGCAGGGCGCCGAGGCGCGCGUUUACCGGGGGCUGUUCCUCGGGCGGCCGGCGGUGGCCAAGCUCCGCAUCCCGAAGCGGUACCGGCACCCGGCGCUGGAGGAGCGGCUGAGCCGGCGGCGCACGGCGCAGGAGGCCCGGUCGCUGCUGCGGUGCCGGCGGGCAGGGAUUUCAGCUCCAGUGGUCUACUUCGUGGAUUACGUCACCAACUCCAUAUAUCUCGAAGAUAUUGUAGACUCAAUUACUGUUCAAGAUCAUAUUUAUUCUGUACAACGGAGUGGAAAUGAUAGCAGUAACCUCCUUACCUUAGCAGAGAAGAUGGGUGAGCUGUUGGCAAGAAUGCAUGAUGAAGAUCUUAUACAUGGGGAUCUUACAACUUCCAAUAUACUUAUGCGGCCCCCCACAGAGAAGCUGGACUUGGUGCUGAUAGACUUUGGCCUCAGUUUUAUUUCAGGUCUUCCAGAGGAUAAAGGAGUUGAUUUGUAUGUUCUGGAAAAAGCCUUCCUAAGCACUCAUCCAGAUACUGAAAUGAUGUUUAAAACUCUGCUAAAGACCUAUGCAGCUACAUCUAAAAAAUCUGGUCCUGUGAUCAAAAAGCUGGAUGAAGUACGGCUAAGGGGAAGGAAGAGAUCCAUGAUUGGUUAGAAGAGUGGGCUUAGGGAUGGAGAAAUAUUGCUACUUAGGUUUUGCAAAUAUGGUUAUUUAUACUUCCAGUUGGUUUUAAUUCACAGAUUACUAUUUUGAUAACUGUGUCUUCAAAUAAAUAAAUAAAUUUGAAUUAGUUUAAGUGGCAUAAA